AUGACAACAUCACCAAUCAAAAAGUUGGACUCAAUUCAUUCAGAUUUAAAAAAUCAAUCUAAAAUAGAUACUAUAAUAUUAGAUAUAGAGGGAACAAUAUGUCCAAUUACUUUUGUAAAAGAUAAAUUAUUUCCAUAUUUUAUUAAUAAAUUACCUACAAUACUUGAAAAAUAUAAUUAUCCAUUAAAUUCAAUAUCUGAUAAAGAUCCAAUUAUUAAUGUAUUAGAAAAUUUACCAUCAAAUAUAACAAUAUCAGAAACAACAAUUUAUAAUUAUUUAAAAAAUUUAGUAGAUAAUGAUAUAAAAGAUCCUGUUUUAAAAUCUUUACAAGGUCUUAUAUGGGAUCAAGGUUAUAAAUCUGGUGAAUUAAAAUCUCCAAUAUAUAAAGAUUCUAUAGAAUUUAUUGAAAAAUUUCCUUCAACAACAAAGAAAAUUUAUUUAUAUUCAUCAGGUAGUAUAAAUGCUCAAAAAUUAUUAUUUGGUCAUGUUGAUGUUAAUGGUAAAUCAACAAAUUUAAAUAAAUAUUUAUCAGGUUAUUUUGAUAUAACUACUGCAGGUUAUAAAAAUGAAUAUACUUCUUAUACUAAAAUUUUAAGAGAAAUUAAUAAAUUAGAUCAAUCACAAUCAGUAUUAUUUUUAAGUGAUAAUAUAAAUGAAGUUAAAGCUGCUAUAAAAGCUGGUAUGCAAAGUUAUAUUGUUAUUAGACCAGGUAAUGCUCCAAUACCUAUUGAAGAAAAAAAUGGAUAUAGAACAAUUACUUCUUUAUAUGAAGUAGAUAUAUGA